GCUCCAUAUUGGAUGCUAUUUAAAGUGCCCCCUUCUCCCCCGCUGGGAGCUAGGGCAUUAUCAGACACUAUCAAAGACCACCACACCUUAGGUCAAUCUUCGUCUCACGAACCAACCAUCUCAAAAUGGAGUUCACGUUUUACUACUACACACCUUCCGCUGCGGCGGGCGGUAUAUUCGUCGCACUCUUUGGCUUGGCUACCAUACUUCAUCUCUAUCAACUACUCCGCACCAGGACAUGGUUCAUGAUCCCCUUUGCUAUCGGCGGAAUUCUCGAGACAAUCGGUUAUGUUGGUCGUGCAUUAUCAUCAAAAGAAGCCCCAAACUUCACCAAGGGUCCCUAUGUCAUGCAAAGCGCCCUUAUUCUCAUCGCCCCCGCGUUUCUCGCAGCUAGUAUCUACAUGACCCUCGGCCGCAUCAUCGCCAUGCUCCAGGCAGAGAGAUACUCGGUCAUUCCCCUCCGGUGGCUUACAAAAAUCUUCGUUGCAGGCGAUGUGCUAUCCUUCUUGAUGCAAGCAUCUGGCGCCGGCAUCAUGGUCAAAGACUCCACCGAUCCGGCCACAGGAGAACACAUAAUCAUUGGUGGUCUCUUCGUGCAGAUUAUCUUCUUCGGGUUCUUCGUGAUUACUGCAAUUGUUUUCGAGCUCCGCAUGGCCAAGAAGCGUAUCGGCGCUUCUGCCGAGCUGGGUCGCAUUUGGCGCCGACACAUGAUUGCGCUCUAUGUGACUAGUUUGCUGGUCUUGGUCCGGUCCAUCGUCCGAGUGGUGGAGUACUUGGAUGGAUAUGAUGGAUACCUUAUGAAACACGAGGUCUUCAUCUAUGUCUUCGACGCCUUGCUGAUGUUCAUAGCGAUGCUGGUCCUCAGCUAUAUUCACCCCAGUCAGGUCAACUCUCUCUUGGAUCGUGGAGAACAAUAUUUCGAGAACUUUCUCGUGAGGCGCAAAUUUGCUCCUACCAGUACGGUUGAAAUGGUGGUCGACAGCCAGGCCUAA